UUGUGAACUCGGUCGGCACGCGCCGGACGGCUCUGCGGUUUUCUCGUCGGACCGUUUGAGAAUUCAAAUAGCGUCGUUCAGGAUGACGGCGGACGGAACCACGAUCAAGAGCCGGAUUAAAAACCUCCUCCGGUCCCCGUCCAUCAAGCUGAGGAGAGGCAAACCGGCCAACAACAAAGAGACCCUCGGCAGUAAGGUGACCUUGGAGAAAGUUCUGGGUAUCACGUCGCCGGGGAACCGAGCUCUUGCCUGUGACCCCCGAACUGGACUGGUGGCCUACCCUGCAGGGUGUGUGGUCGUUCUGCUGAAUCCUCGCAAGAACAAACAGCAUCACAUCGUCAACCAUGCCAGGAAAACCAUCACCACUUUGGCCUUCUCUCCAGAUGGGAAAUAUGUGGUCACAGGAGAGAGCGGCCACAUGCCUGCGGUUCGUGUGUGGGACGUGGUGGGCUGCAGGCAGGUUGUGGAGUUACAGGAACAUAAGUACGGCGUGGCAUGUGUGGCGUUCUCUCCCAACAGUAAAUACAUUGUCAGUGUGGGUUACCAGCAUGACAUGAUCGUCAACGUCUGGAACUGGAAGAAAAACGUGGUGGUUGCAGCCAAUAAGGUGUCCAGUAAAGUCAUGGCCGUCUCCUUUUCUGACGACAGCUCCUACUUUGUUACCGCUGGGAACCGUCAUGUCAAAUUCUGGUACCUGGAACACAACAAGUCCUCCAAGGUUAACGCUACUGUGCCACUGCUGGGGCGGGCGGGGCUUCUGGGGGAGCUUAGGAACAACUUCUUUAGCGAUGUGGCAUGUGGCAGGGGCCGGCAGGCCUCCUCCACCUUCUGCAUCACCUCCUCCGGCCUCCUCUGCGAGUUCAACGACCGCCGCCUCCUGGACAAGUGGGUGGAGCUACGGAAACUGGACUCUAUCACAACGUCUCAGGCCACCUGUCUGUCUGUAUCGGAGGAGUUGAUCUUCUGUGGUUGUGCUGACGGGACGGUGCGAGCCUUCAGCCCCAUCAACCUGCACUUCCUGUGUACUUUGCCCCGCCCACACUGCCUGGGCGCCGACAUCGCCAGCCUGGUAGACGCCAGUCAUCUGUUCUCCUGCAGGACAGAGGGUCGUUAUCCGGACACUGUGGCAGUGACCUAUGACCCUGCCAGCCGCUGGUUGUCGUGUGUUUAUAACGAUCAUAGUCUGUAUGUAUGGGAUGUCCGUGACUUGCGGCGGCCUGGCAAAGUCUACUCCGCCCUCUACCAUGCCACCUGCGUCUGGAGUCUGGAGAUGUACCCAGAGAGGGACAGGGCAGAAGUGGGAGGAGGGGGGGUGCAGGCGUGGCUCCCCCCGGGCUCCUUCCUGUCAUGCUCCUCAGACAACACCAUCAGACUCUGGAACAUUGAUGGCCUCAACACCGUCCCCUGCAGGAAUAUAAUCAGCCAGGACCUCCAGAAGAUCAUCUACAUGGACGACAACGUCGGCGGCCUGCUGGACAACGAGUGCGUUACCACGGGCAACCCUGAGAAGGCGGUCUCUGGGUCAGAGGCUCAGACGUCUGAGAUGAGAAUGGGCAUCAGGACCAUGUGUGUUAGUCCAGACGGACAGCACCUGGCGUCUGGAGACCGCAUGGGAGUCCUCAGGGUCCAUGACCUGGAGAGUAUGGAGGAGAUUCUUAAUGUCCAGGCCCACGACUCAGAGAUCCUCUGUCUGGAAUUCUCCACACCUGAUACAGGUCUGAACUUGUUGGCUACGGCGAGUCGUGACCGUCUGAUUCACGUGCUGGAUGCUGGGAAGGAGUACAGCCUCCUACAGACACUGGACGAACACUCCUCCUCCAUCACGUCCGUACGAUUCGCUGCCAAUGAGGGCAAAGUCAGGAUGAUCAGCUGUGGAGCAGAUAAGAGCAUCUACUUCCGCACUGCCCAGAAGACAGAGGAGGGGAUGGAGUUCACCAGGACGCACCACGUGGUGAGGAAGACCACGCUGUAUGACAUGGACAUCGACCAAACCAGGAAGUAUGCUGCUAUUGGCUGUCAGGACCGCAGCAUCAGGAUCUUUAACAUCAGUAAUGGGAAGCAGAAGAAGUUAUAUAAAGGCUCUCAGGGGGAGGACGGGACCCUCAUCAAAGUCCAGACGGACCCCUCAGGGCUCUACAUCGCCACCAGCUGUUCAGAUAAAAACAUCAGUAUCUUUGACUUCUACUCAGGGGAGUGUGUGGCCACCAUGCACGGACACUCAGAGAUUGUAACUGGGAUGAAAUUCACCAAUGACUGUAAGCAUCUCAUCACCGUCUCUGGAGACAGCUGUAUAUUUGUCUGGCGUCUAAGUCCAGAGUUGACCAUCAGUAUGCGACAGCGUCUCUCUGACCUCCGACCACAGACAACACCACCACACAGAUCUGGCAACCGCAGUGGCAGGAGGGAGGUGCACAGCUCUCCUCCCAUCAUCACCAUGUCAUCUGACAGCGAUAAGGAGGCAGAAGAAGAGGAGGAGGGGGAGGAGCCUCUCUGCCCAUAUAUGGUCUCAGGGGGAAGUCAGGGGGAGGAGUCAGACAUGUUGGAUCAGAAGAACAUCUCGCUCAACACCCAGCUCAGCAGAGAGGUCAGAAAGGAGGUCUCGGCGGGUCCACAUCCCCCCCGCCGGCGCUGGUCCAGACGGACUGGGAGUGAAGACGGGGUUUUGAUGGUCAAAUCAAUGUUGGACCUCCGCCAGCUGGAGUCCUACUCCCACACGAGCCAGAAGCAGAGCCAGGACCAGAACCAAGAGGCAGAGCAAGAGGAGGAGCCAGUCCUGGUGGAGGACCGGAAUGCCAGGAAUUCCCCCUGCAGCCCGAGGAGGCGGAGCCAGGGAAGAGAGGUGGAGCUUUGCAGGCCCAGCCAGGAGCUGGGUAGCACUGUCAGCCUACAGGUGGCCUCUGCAUGGACUAAAGACAGUGAAGUGUCGACCAAUCAGAGACCAGAUUUCAUCCUCCUCUCUCCUCAGACUCUGGAUGGGGUGGGGGCUGUCCUGUACCCAGAAAGGUGGGAGGACCAGGUCAGCCUGGCUGGCAGUGAGUUCCAGGUGAAGGAGGCUCCCCGGGGCCCCGGGGUCCGCUGUGGGAGGGUACGGGCCUGCCAGGACAAACACAGCCCAGACAGCGCCUGUUCCCUGGGCUAUUGCUCCUCCAGUCACCUGUCCAGCCCUGACAGACAGCCUGGAGAGGACUCAGAGCCCAUAGAGCUGCUCAGCAUAGAUGGAAACUCCUCCGAGCUGGAGGAGGAAGAGGAGGAGGAAGAGGGGGGGGAAGGAGGAGGCGGUGAAAGGAGAAAGGAGGACCAGAAGAGCUCAGACCAGGAGGCCUUCCUCAGACAACACUUUGUGACCCUGGCUGACCUCGCAGGCUCAGGAAGCCUUGGCAAAUCUUCUCAGGGAUCCAGUGAGAACAUCAGCAUCUCCUCGAUGUUUCUCUCUCAGGCUUCCACCAGCAGGACUGUCUUUCCAUUCCCCUCUAAGCCCAGUGGUGCAGCAGCAGGAGGGGGAGGAGGCGGUGGUGGGGAGGUGAAGGGCCGACCGCCAGUUUCGGAGGUCCGACCCCUGAUGGAUCAGAACCAGCCCAGGACCCAAGAGAGGAAACUCUCCUGGAACCAGGACGGAAUCCCACCUUCUCCUUCUCCUUCUCCUCCUCCUCAGAAUCAGAGCCAGGCUGUUGAGGAGUGCGCCGCUCAUGGCAGGCAAGAGAUCGAGGCUCAUUCAGAGAAGAGCUCCUCGACUGCCCGGCCGUCCCCACUGAGGAGGAAGGUGCAGGGGGUCGUGGAGUCCAGGAGGACCACAGGGGCAACGGCCCGUGCCAUUGCCUCCCACCUCAACUGCUCCGGCCUUCGCAAGGCCCAGUCUGUCCACAGCCUGCUCCCCGACGGAGCUGACCAGCCUGUCCCUCGGCCAUCCAGAGAGGUUACCCCCCUCCCCCAGCCCCUGCCCCAGCGCCCCACCACCCUGCCCUCCACCCCCAGACGGUCCCUCGCCACAGCGACCCCACAUCUUUCCAACCCCGCUUCCCCCAGGUCUCCUAGCAGUGCCACUGCCGGGGGCGUAACCGCAGCAACGACAGCCUCGGUUACACCCCGGAAAUCACCCUGCACUCGCUCCUACAUGAGUCCCACUACCAGCUCCAUGGCCAAGAUGUCCCGCUCCGUCUCCCUGGGUGACAGCCUCAAUGUCCCCGAUGAUCCCCAGGAUGCAGAGGGGGCAGAGGACUGCCAGAUCUCCGAUGGGACGUCAUCAACGGUGUCGUUGGGAGCAGCGCCGGCUAUGUCCUCCCAAGGCAGAGCCCCUCCCUCUCCCUCUUCGACCACACCCCUGAACACUCCCAUGCAUGCUGCUGUCAUUCCUACCCUCAUCUCUGGCUCCUCCUCCUCCUCUGUUGGUAGCCAUGGGAACCAGACGGCACCUCCCCUCCGGGGCCUGCAGGUGAGGCUGAGCAGCAGCACACGCCCCCAGCUCAGCAUGGACAUCAGCCGGCCCCUCCCCGAUAAACCCUUCUGCCCUUCCUCCCCCCGCCCGCCCCCCAUCAGCGCCCGCCCGCUGCAGAGCCAGCAGACCCCAAACCCGCCUCCAAGCAUUCCGCCACAGAGCGCCGCCCCAGAGCACCAGACCGCUGACAUACUUGGUCCCACCGCAGAGCUGUGUGUCCAGGGCCAGAGCCCCCUGGUGGAGAGGAGACCCAAGGAGGAGCAGGAUGAGGAGCAAGGAGACAACUCAGAUGUGUCUUUGAGUUUGGAGUCUUGCAAAGCGGUCGCUGGGGAAUUCCAGAGCUCCUUCAGGAAGGCAACACAACUUUACAGUCUGUUAAACAGCCCCUCCCCUGGCUCCUCCCCCGAGCAGCAGGAGAUGGCCAGGCUCCUAUCGGAGGUUUUCCACAUCGUGAAGGUGGAGCUGAACUCGCUGCCGCUCUCUGAACCAGACUGUCAGGCUGCGAAGCCCGCAGGCCCACCGUGCAUGCUGGGUAACGGAGUCAGCCGAGGAGGUGCAGGAGAGGAGAGGACCCUGGCUCUCCUAGAGGAGUACUCCCAGCUCCUCCUGCAGGCGGUGGAGAAAAGACUGGACCACAAACUCUCCUAG